AUGGGUGAAGUCGAUCGAAUGGAUGAAGACAUAGCCAGAUAUCGAGUAGGGAUUCGUGGAAAAAAAUGGUGGUCGCCUUUUUUUACUUGGCUCUUGGACGUGGCAAUAAAUAAUGCAUGGGUUUUGUCAAAAAAAAGUGGAAGUACUUAUACAAAGUUCAAACGUGAAAUUGCCUCUACUUAUCUAACUAAAUAUGGACAGCCAGGAAAGCAGGGAGGACGUUCAUCUAAAUCAAAAACAUCCAUUACAAAUGCUAGAAUUUCCGAUGAAUUACGAUAUGACCAAAUGAAUCAUUGGGUAAGUGAAGUACCAAACAAGAAAAGACGUCGUUGUGCUGGAGACAAUUGUAAAUCACAUGUUCGAACUAUGUGUAUGAAAUGUGAUUUAGGACUUUGUAUUCCAUGUUUUCGAGUAUUUUAUGAAAAAUAA